UGGAAAUGAGUACAGCGGGCGUCCUGCAGCUCACAGCGGCGUUUACGAUUUGGGGUUUCAUUCCCAUCUACUGGAAGCAGGUCGCGUCGACGCCCGCGCUGCAGCUCGUGUGCCACCGCCUCGUCUGGUCGUGCCUCGUCCUCGUUCUCUGGCUGCUGUGCUUUGGUCAUCGCCAGGCCUUUCUUAGUGCGAUCGCCAGCCGCCGUGUCCUCGGUACGUACCUUCUCUCGAGUCUCUUUGUCACUGGAAAUUGGCUCAUCUGUAUUUGGGCCAUGAACGCCGGCUACAUUGUCGAGGCGAGCCUCGGCGCAUUCAUCAACCCGCUCAUCUACGUCGCCUUCGGUGUCGUCCUCUUCCAUGAGCGCCUCGCUGCAUGGCAGUGGGCAGCGAUGGGGCUCGCGACUGCAGGUCUUGUCGUGACGGCCGUUGCGUACGGCAAGUUCCCGUGGAUCGCGCUGACCGUCGCCUUGACGUUUGCUUUGUACGGGCUCGUCAAGAAGACGGCACCGCUCUCGUCGUUCUACGGUCUGGCCGUCGAGACACUGCUCUUGAGUCCCUUUGCACUGGCCUACUUGAUUGUCGUUCAAGUCAAGGGACUGGACCCGGCGUUUGGCCACGGCAGUGCGAAGACCCAGGUGCUUCUUGUCGGUGCCGGCGUCUUGACGAUCGUGCCGCUCCUUUUCUUUUCGUCCGGCGCCAAGACCGUGCCCAUGACGCUGCUCGGUGUGCUGCAGUACAUCACGCCGAGCCUCCAGUUUCUCGUGGGCGUUUGCAUCUACCACGAAGAACUCUCGAUGGCCAAGCUCGCCGGCUUCAUCCUUGUCUGGAUUGCUCUACUAGUGUACACCCUCGAAAACCGGUGCUGCCGUUCUCCGUCCUCCGAGAACCAGAACGAUACGAAGGACAACAUCAACGCGGACGACAAUGGCGACGAUGACAAUGCCAAAUCGUACCAUAGUGUCUAGUGUUUUCGUGGACAAACGACGUGAGCCUCAUAAAUUCAUUUGAUCGUUAUUUUUACGUUACACACGAUCGAUUUCGG